AUGAAAGAAGAUAGAAUUCGAGAAAUGAGAGGUUACCAAGAAGAAAUCAAGAACACACAGCAAUUAUUACUGGAGACUGUUAGGCAAAAUCGAAAGAUUGUUGAGUUUGUAUGCAAGCAUCUCUGUUGUACUGGUACAGAGGAGGUUUGGGUAAGUUACGAUAAAAAGGCGAGGAUCCAACGUAAGGACAUACGUGGAUCAAUCGGGAAGACUUUUAGGUCCAUUUGUAUGCACUGGAGUGGUUACCCAAGUCGCAUAUCGGUAACAAGAAAAGGAGAACUAGUGGGUUAUACAGAUAAACAGAGUAAAACUGUUUAUACUUACCAAGAUGGAAGACAUUUCUCUCUGAUCAUGGUACAACAGGGAUGGCAACCGAUUGCAGUGUAUUGUACAAAAUCGGGGGAUUUCCUUGUCUGCUUGAAAACGGUUGAUGAUCGUGUGUGUAAAAUUGUCCGUUAUAAAGGACAAACAAUCAUUCAGGAAAUGGCCAUGGAUAAUCGAGGUGAUCCGUUAUAUAAAGGAGGCAAUAAGAUGCUCUAUGUGACGGAAAACAUCAACGGAGAUGUCGUUGCGUCUGACUGCAAUGCCAAAUUUGUUGUCGUAGUUAACUGUUCAGGUGCGCUGCGAUAUCAUUCUAAAGGAGAUAAGUCGAUCAAGGGUAAAUUUACUCCUGGUUCCAUUGUCACUGAUUCAAAGGGUCGUACCUUGGUGGAAGAUGAUGGAAAUAGUUGUAUCCAAAUCAUUGAUCAGGAUGGACAGUAUUUAAAACAUCUAAAUUAUUGUGGCAUACUGAGCUUGGACACACUCGGGCGACUGUGGGUGGGAAAGGUUAAUGGUAACAAAGUGAAUGUGAUCAAAUAUACAGAAUAA